GGAUGGCGGAGGUCCGACAACUCACCGCGCGCUACCUGCCGGGAUAUUGGAGGACCCAUCAAUCGGAGGACCAACUGUUGGAGGGCUAACGCACUCAUCGCUGGGGGAUCUAAACAGCGAGAUGGCGUCGCGAUUUUGCGCCACUUGAGAUGCAGAGCACCAACCGUUGGGGUUAGAGGGGACAUUUUAGAAUUCCUCGUUCUUUUUAUUUGCAAGUGCAGCUUCCCAAUAGUGACCGGUUGCCAUAGUGAAGGGAGCCCGGGGCCGCCAUGAUCCGUGUGAGUAAGCGAGCGCUGAACUGGAUAUAUUCCAUUAUACUCCUGAUCAUCAUCUUGCUCUCUUGGGGAUUUGUUAUUUAUGCAGCCAGGAUUACAGGUAUCCAGCAGCUGAAGAAGAGAUUUCCAAAAUUAUUUCCAGAGUUAGACCUUCAUUAAGAUUCUGCUGAUGUAAGGGCACCUGUAUCACUAGACGAAGCAGGACACAGAUGAGGAGAAAGGUCUUGGCACCAACCUUGUGCAAUGUUUGAGCUUGCAUCUUUCAAUGCUGCACAGUGAGCACUGCAAACAUAACUAAAUUGAUGUGUAAAGAAUGACUGGAUUGCAAAUGAAUGUUUUUAAUUACUUCAAAUUGUAAAAUUUCACUUCAAAAUUCUGAUGUUCACAUUUUAAUAAUCAAGCUUUAUCACCAAAGAAUUGUCACACUU